CGCUCUUCCUGUUAUUUCCUGGACGUGCAAGAGAGCACGAGCUCGCAGUUUGCAAAAAAAAAGAGGAAAACAAAAACAAAGUACAAAAACAAGUUAAAGUUUGUACCAGCGUCGGUGACCGGAAGUCGGUCUAAGUGCACUGUUGAGCACAGUUAGCGUGGAACUAACUGAUUGACGUUUUUAUUUUUGUGACCAUGGCGUGGAAAUAAUGUCCCGCGUUUCCCUGUUUACACUUUAAUGGGAGCUAACUAACUGGUUGAUUAACUAACUGGUGUGUGUGUGUGUUGGAGCUGCAGUCAUGAUUUUAGAGACUUUAUCCAGAGCGAACUUCGCCUUGCGCUCGAGAGUCCCGGUGAGACGCAUGCAUCAUUCGUCUGACCUUCCUCCUCCCCAGCCGGUUCCUCCGUUGGCUCAGACGCUGCAGCGGUACCUUCUGGCCCUGGAGCCGCUCCUACCGCCGGACGAGCUGCAGCACACGCGCAAGAUGGUGCAGCGAUUCGGCGGCGGCGGCGGCCUGGGAGAGACCCUGCAGAGGAAACUGGAGAGGCGCGCCAAACACACACACAACUGGGUAACAGAUUGGUGGGUUCAGUGGGCAUUCCUAGAGAGUCGUCAGCCUCUGCCUGUUCACUCCAACCCGGCGAUCUCACUGCCACGACGCGACUUCAGUGACUGGAGAGGGCAGCUAUUGUUUGCAGCGAAGCUGAUCUCUGCAGUGCUCGACUUCAAGAAUAAAGUGGACAGUGGAAGGUUACCUGUAGAGUACAUGCGCGGCAGGCCGUUGUGUAUGGAGCUGUUUCCUCGACUCUUCUCCUCCUGUCGCGUUCCCGGCCCGAAGCAUGAUAACGUGAUUCACUACGGCCGCCCGCGCCGAGGCCCCACCCACAUCACCGUGGUGCGAAACUACCAGUUUUUUCAGCUGGACGUGUACAAUAGUGAUGGCACCCCCCUCACUCAGGGUCAGAUUCACUCUCAGCUCUGUCGCAUCCGAUCUCAGUCCUGGAAAACCGAUAAAGAGCCGAUGGGCAUCCUGACCAGUGAGCACAGACACACGUGGGGCCAGGCGUACACACGCCUACUGCACGAUAAGAUUAAUAAGGAGUCGGUGAGGCUGAUAGAGAAAGGACUGUUCACUCUGUGUCUCGACUCGCCCGUCAUGACCAUCUCUGACGAGAAGUACUCCAGCCGAAUGGCGGCCCAGAUCCUUCAUGGAGGCGGGACUUACUCCAACAGUGGGAACCGAUGGUUCGAUAAGACGCUACAGUUUGUGGUCAGUGAGGAUGGUUCAUGGGGCCUCCUGUAUGAACAGGCCACCGCUGAAGGGCUUCCUAUAGCCACACUGCUCGACCACAUCCUGCAGUACUGUAAGAAGCCCGAGACGGUCCGAGCUCCUCUCGUCCCUCUGCCGAUGCCGAAGAAGCUUUACUUCUACAUCGACCGAGCCGUCAAGUGGGACCUCGAGAUGGCCAAGCAGAACCUGGACAUCCUCAUCAACGAUCUGGACAUCAGCUGCUUUAACUUCCAGCACUUCGGCAAGGCGUUUCCCAAACAGCUCCAUUUAAGCCCCAACUCCUUCAUCCAGGUGGCCAUCCAGCUCGCCUACUACAGAGUGCACGGGGAGGUGUGUGUCGCCUGCGACAUCGCAUCACUCCGGAUGUUCCGGGGAGGACGCACCGACUACAUCCGCUCCCCGACCAAUCAGACGCUGAAAUUCGUCCAGGCCUUCGAUGACCCGGCCCUCCCUAGGGAGGCAAAGGUGGAGCUGUUGCGUGAAGCUGUGGAGGCUCACAGUCAGCUGACGGAUCAGGCACUGAAAGGCCAGGGUAUUGAUCGCCACCUGCUGGGUCUGAAGCUGCAGGCCAUCGAGGAGGGACUGAGCGUACCGAGGGUGUUUAUGGACACCGCCUAUGGACUUGCCACGCACUGGAAGCUCCGCACCGGACAGGUUCCCGCUAACACGGACAGCGUGAUGUGUUUCGGGCCUCUGGUUCCGGACGGAUAUGCCGUGUGCUACAACCCUCAGCCGGAUCACGUUCACUUCUCCAUCACCGCCUUCAACUGCUGCGAGGAGACCAACGCUGAGAAACUAGCCGUGACCAUCCAGAGCGCCCUCCAUGACCUGCACGAGUUACUGCAGCCGGCCGCAUAGAAGCACGCGCGUUAAAUUCGAAUAACAUAAAACGUGCCGCUAAUUACUGAGAAAGGAAGUUUGUAAUAAAGGAAUUUCAUUGGUGUUACGUAGCUUCAUGCUCAGGUAGGGGGCGUGGCCUACUGUUUGACUACAUUAGAAAUCUGAGCAUUAUUUUUAUACCAAACUGCAUAAUGUUAAGAUUCACAGCAUCUUUUGAGGUUAACAUGUGACUCGGUGCCAACGUGUGAGCAGCUACGUCAUCCUCGUAGCUUUAGCGAUAAAAUCGACACUACACACGAUGAUAUUUUUUUUGCCGUAUUUGAUCAAAAGUAUGUGUCUCACUUGCACCGUAUCCAAUCCUUUUGACACAAAUACUAUUUUCAUAUUACGAUUUGUAAGCAAAGCAUAAGUAGUACAAGCUUCAUCUCUUUUUUUUUUCUCAUUUAAACGAAAUUGAAAACAUUUUUAAAAGCUUUUUGCUCAGCUUCUUAAACAGCAUGCGUUAUUUAAAAAACGCGUGCGCCGCCUUCAUCCACUACUUCCUGCCCAAAUUGCACGUUUUAACGCCGUCGUGCCGGUUGCAAAGCAUUAUGGGACCUCUGUGCCUGAGAAAUGCAUGACUGAUUCCACUAUUGGGCAAAUCGUAUGCACGAGGUACCUGCCUUCAUGUGAAAGUCUCAGCUUGUGUUUGGGAUUUGUGCUCAAAGCAAAUGUUUGUACUUGAUAAGGGGUUUAUGUAUGCUCAAGUUUUGGGAGAAAUUAAUAAAUAAAUAAGGAAUUGUA